UACACUGGAGAGUUGCAGCACUGGUGGUGGGUUUACAGCGCUGCAACUUAGUAACCGUCCACACCUGCAAGGCUCAUCCAGUGCUGCAACUCCCUGGCUGCAGCGCUGGCUGUACACCUGGUCUGCUUGGGGUAUAACGAUUGCAGCACUGGUGAUGCAGCGCUGCUCAUCAAGUGUGGCCACCAAAAGUGCUGUAAUUGGCCUCCAGGUUAUUAGGAGGUAUCCCAGAAUACCUGUUCAGCCACUCUGCUCAUCAGUUCACACUCUACUGCCCUGGCCUCAGGUGACCCGCCCUUUAAAUGCCCCAGGAAUUUUAAAAAUCCCCUUCCUGUUUGCUCAGCCAGGUGUGGAGUGCAAUCAAUCAGUGACCAUGCCUCCAUGCUCCAAACGAGCCCCAGCAUGGAGCAAUGGCGAGUUGAUGGACCUCAUCAGUGUUUUUAGUGAGGAAGCUGUGCAGUCACAGCUGCGCUCCAGCCAUAGGAAUUAUGAUACCUAUGGGCAGAUAUCAAAGGCCAUGAUGGAAAGGGGCCAUGACUGGGACGCGGUGCAGUGCAGGGUUAAAGUAAAAGAGCUGCGGAGUGCCUAUUGCAAAGCCCGCGAGGGAAACCGCCGCUCAGGUGCUGCCCCUACGACCUGCUGUUUUUACAAGGAGCUGGACGCGAUACUUGGGGGUGACCCCACUGCCAAUCCGAGGACCACGAUGGACAGUUCAGAGCAGGGAGAGGAGAGGGAGGUGGAGGGGGGGAAGAAACCGAGACUGAGGGUACUGGGGUGGGGGGAGAUACCCCGGAGUCCCAGGAGGCAUGCAGCCAGGAGCUCUUCUCAAGCCAGGAGGAAGGUAGCCAGUCGCAGCAGCUGGAACUUGUUGGUGAAGAAGAAGCAGAGGAGUGGGUUCCCGGUAAGCAGCUUUUAUUUUCAGGAUGGAAAUGUUUCGGGAGAGGAGGGGGGUUUAUGGCUGCAUGCAUGCAUGCCUAGAUGUGGAAUAGCCCACUGAUGUGGUCUAUCACGUCGCGGUAAUCGGCCUCGGUAAUCUCUUCAAAAGUUUCUGCCAGAGCGUGGGCAAUGCGCUUGCGCAAGUUUAUAGGGAGAGCCACUGUGGUCCUUGUCCCAGUCAGGCUAACGCGUCCGCGCCACUGUGCCGCGAGGGGUGGGGCGGACCAUUGCUGCACACAGGCAAGCUGCACAGGGGCCAGGGCGGAAUCCGCAUUGCUGUAGAAGACCCUCCCUUGCUUCCCAGGUAACCCACAGCAGUGAGAUAUCUUCCAGGAUCAACUCCUGUGGAAAAUGUAGGGAUAGUGUUCAGUGCAGGUCCCCCCGCAGCUCUUUGCUUUCCCCAACGCACAGAAAUCCCAGUGCAGCCCUGAACCAAUCAGUUCCCCUUCCCAGGUGAGCUGCAGCAAUGAGAUGGCUUCCAGGAUUAAUUAACUCCUGCACUCAUUCCCCCUUACUCACCAUGUCUUCACUGCUGUGGGCUCUCUGUGCUGUGUUUGGUAUGUGGAAAGUAUGCUAAAGUGAGACUGUAAACUCCUUCACUGUGAUUAUACACAAUACUGCCUCUCUGUUAAAUGUUUCAAUUUUUGUCUUUUUUCUAAUAACAGUGUCCUUGACUACUACUACUACUACUCGACUGGCCGUAUCAGAGACUGCUGAAAAGCUACAAAACCUGAGGAGAAAGCCACGAAAAAGCAAAGAAGAUAUGGUGAAAGCAGUUAUGAAUCAGUCUGCCAGAGAGAGUAAGAAGCUGCAGGACUGGAGAGAAAAAAUGCAGCACUGGAGGGAAAGAGAAAGCAGGAGAAAGGAAUUGGCUAAGAAGAAAAGCACGAAGCAGCUGAUAAGUCUCCUGGCGUUCCAAACAGACUGUAUCCAGUCACUCGUAGCCAUGCAGGCAGAGCACUACUGUGCUGCCCUCCCCCCGUCCCAAAGCUCUCUCCCUUGUGCCCCAAUGUCAGCUCAAAACCCCCUUCUCCAGCAUCGAGGUUCUUACCACCACCAGCUGCCCCCAACACCUGUACAUUCACCUACCAGCCCUGAGAACUACGACCCUUACCCUCUGCACUCAACCCCCAUCACCAUGCAGCAUUUUCAUCCUGAAGUGCAGCAGUCACUGCACAGCA